AUGGCCCCUUAUGAAGCACUGUAUGACAAAAAAUGUAGAACCCCAUUAUGCUGGAUAGAACUUAAUGAAACUAAACUUGUAGAUCCAGAAUUGAUAAGACAAAUUGAGGAGGAAGUAAAAAUUAUCAGAGAAAGGUUAAAAACUGCAACAGAUAGACAAAAAUUCUAUGCAGAUUUGAAGAGAAAAGAUAUAGAAUUUGCUAUUGGGAAUAAAGCAUUUUUAAAAGUAUCUCUAUGGAAGAAAGUGUUAAGAUUUGGUAAGAAAGGUAAGCUAAACCCUAGGUUUAUUGGUCCAUAUGAAAUCAUGGAACAUGUGGGUCUAGUAGACUACAGGCUAGCUUUACCUCCAAAGUUAGAUAAAAUACACAAUGUCUUCCAUGUAUCCAUGUUAAGAAGAUAUAAAUCUGACCCUUCAUAUGUCAUUUCAGUAGAAAUUAUUGAUGUGCAAUCUGACUUAACUUAUGAAGAAGAACUAAUGAAAAUUUUAGCAAUGGAAAUGAAAGAGAUAAGAAAUAAGAAGAUUCCUUUUGUUAAAGUGCUAUGGAGAAAUCACAAGGCAGAAGAAGCAACAUGGGAGAGUAAAAAAGUGAUGAAGCAACAAUAUUCAUAG